CCCGCUUCUUCAUCAGGUUCUCCUUCUUCUCCUUCCCCCGCCUUCAAUUCGCCCAGCAGCCGGUCCUUGACCAGCUCACCUUCCAAUCUUUACAAUGUUUCAAAAGUCGCUCGUUCAGCUCCUCGCUGUCGCCUCGAUUGCGUCCCAGGUCGCGGCGCAGUACGAGGUCAUCCCUCCUUCCAUGGGUCCCUUCUUCGAUGACGCCACUUUAGGAUCUGCUGGCGACUACGGUUUGAACAACAAGGGCAUCGACCCUGCCGCCGAGAUCGCCGGUUGGUUCGACAUGACCGAUGUCUGGCGCACGGCCCAAAAGGUCCUCAGCCCUGCUGUCUGGAGUCGCGUCGCCGGAGGCUCAGGCCACGAAGAGAGCAUGCGCUGGAACUCCCACAUCUUCGAGUACAUCACCUUCCGCCCCCGCAUGGGCCGCGACCUCGGCAACGCGUCGCUCGCGACCAGCGUUACCCUCACCAACGGGGCUGGCGUCUCCACGAAGUUCGACUCCGCGUCGCCCUUCUUCGUAUCGCCGUCCGGCUCGCACGGCGUGGUGAAUCCGGAGGUGGCGGAGAACGGAACCGUCCGGGCCGCCGCUGCCGCUGGCAUCAUUGCGGGCAUCGCGCAGUACUCGACGGUCCCGAUUGCCGACCUUGGCGCUAUCAAAGCGGAGAACCAGACGUACUGGUAUCAGAUGUACCCGGACGAGAAGUGGGACCCGGAGGCCGUGACGGCGCGCCUCGACGCCGCGAAGGCCGCAGGCUGCUCCGCCCUGCUCAUCACCGUCGACACCACCUCCGAGGGCUGGCAAGCCCGCGCCUGGCGCGCCGGCGGCGACGAGCCCACCGGCAAUGCCCAGCUCCACGUCCUCACCUGGGAGAACAUCGAGUGGAUCAAGAACAACACCGACCUGCCCGUUGUGCUCAAGGGGAUCCUCUCCGUCGAGGACGCUAUCCUCGCGCGCGACGCCGGCCUCGCGGGUAUCUACCUUUCGAACCACGGCGGCCGGCAGCUCGACGGCGCGCCCGCGCCCGUGCAGGUGCUGAUGGAGAUCAACAAGUACGCGCCUGGCUUGGUGGACGAGAUCCCGGUGUUUGCGGACGGGGCAAUUUAUUCGGCGAACCAUGCGCUGAAGAUGCUGGCACUGGGGGCGCGGAUGCUGGGUCUGGGACGGCCGGUUCAGCUGUCGUUGACGAUGGGGCAGGCUGGCGUGGAGAGGAUGCUGCAGAACCUGCACGACGAUAUGCUGGUUGAGAUGCGCCAGAUUGGCGUCUCGAGUCCCUCGCAGCUGAAUACCAGAUAUAUCAACACACAGCGAGCUGCUGGCUUCGUCUACGAUGGCGAGCUCCAGCAGUAGUGUGCGGUCAUACACUGCGAUAAGCGGCCCUAGGGCUCGUCAUCGUCUGGUUGUACCCCUGUUGUACACACAGUCAUUCUUUUGCAUCUGGCAAGGCGGCUCUGUGGACGAUCUUAUUUAUAUCGUGUUGUUGUUAAGAGGUAGUUCAUAUGCUUAGAAUGCCCUGACGCGAACUUCGAC